AUGACUAUGGGAUAUCUAACUAUAGUUCCUUUGGCAAUGUUGGUUGCCUUGUCUCAUUUGACAAUAUCUAUAACAGCAGUUAACCCUAUUGCAGCCACAGGGAAAGAACCAAUUAUUGAGUUAUACAUGCAUGACAUUCUUGGUGGAAGCAACCCAACGGCUCGACCGGUCACCGGUUUGCUCGGCAACAUAUACAGUGGUCAAGUCCCCUUUGCAACUCCAAUUGGAUUCAACACUCCAGCAGGUGGAACACUCAUCCCUAAUGCCAAUGGUGCUAAUCCAACUGUCAAUGGCGUUACCGGUAUCCCGUUAGGAACUGGUUUAGCCGGUACUUCCUUUGCACCAAACAAUAAUAACAACCAAAACAAUGUUCAAAUGCAGUUAGGACCUGAUGGACUUGGAUUAGGGUUUGGUACAAUUACUGUUAUUGAUGAUAUACUUACAUCUCAACCUGAGUUAGGGUCCCAAAUAGUUGGAAAAGCUCAAGGUGUUUAUGUGGCAAGUUCUGCAGAUGGGAGUAGACAGAUGAUGGUGUUCACUGCUUUAUUUGAAGGAGGGGAAUAUGGAGAUAGCUUGAACUUUUAUGGUUUGUAUAAGAUAGGAAGUACCAUGUCGCGAUUAUCGGUUAUAGGGGGCACGGGGAAGUUCAAGAAUGCGAGGGGGUUUGCUGAGCUGAGACCUCUUAUUCCACCAGGACAGAUUGCUACUGAUGGUGCUGAGACAUUGUUGAGGAUGAGUGUUCAUUUGACCUACUAG